CAUCCAAUCGAUCAUGCUUGUCCCUUGAGGCCAGGAGCCUCAUCGGCCAGCUGUUCAUCUAAUACAUAUCAUUGCUUUGUUUUCAUUAACUUACCCCUCUUAUUGGAAGAUAAUGACAGCUCUUAUCAUCAGCUCAACUUCGCAAAUUACACACUUGGUUUCGAAUCCUUAAUUUGGGGUCCAUUAUUGUGGACCCUUCCGGUUGAGCAGCCAUGGUCGCUCCAAGGAAUAAUGCUUAUGCAGAGGAGAGCGCAGAGGUCGAGGUGCUGUACGCCAACCUCGAGAAGCUCAAGCUCCUCACCAAGAAGAUUCAGGGCUCCCUGGUCCGCCUCGAGACCGGGGGUAAUGUCGUAAAACAUGCGAUAGGUCCUAUCUACAGCAAUACACAGUCUCUUCAGAUAACCAACAGCAACAUCGACAAGGUCAAUGAAGCCAUCGAGCGCCUUCGUCAGCCACUCGAUGCGAAGAACCGUGAGGAGGGUAUCAUCCGCGCUGGACCACAGAGUGUGGAAUUGGCUCAAUAUCUGGCGGCGAUGAAACGUGUGGACAAGGCUCUGGUCGAUCUGAGUUCAACAAACCUCAAAUCUAAUCAGAAAGCAAUUUCCGAAUUCAACUCCCUCCUUAGUACAGGAAACGCGAAGCUUCAGGACAUGCUUCGUGGGAUCUUGAAUCAGUAUGCUAGUCCGAUUGAGCCAUUGCAUUACUUAACGAAAGAUCUCCCGUUCCCAUCAAUACCCCAAGAGACCAUCUCGGAGUUAACAUCAAUAUGCGCGGCAAUCGAUUCAGCAGCAAGCCACGGACCGCAACGCGGUAAUGGAGGCAACCCAGCGCUCAAAAUAUACGCCGAUGUGCGUGGGGCUUACCUGACGUCAAGCCUACAGAACCUUGCCAUAGCCUCGCUGAAUACUGUCAAACGAAGAGCUGCCGACGGUCCCUACAAGCAGGGCACUAACGGCAUAGGGAUAUACUCUAACGCGCUCGAAAACUUCAUAUCCACCGAAUACGAGAUUAUUGCGCAAAUCUUCACAGGCGACCAGCGAGGGCUGGCUUUGCAGACGACGUUCCGAUCUGCACUGGCCGAAUACUCAAAAACCUUGCGUGAGCUCAACGAGUAUAUCAAGGCCAAUCUGAUGACGGACUGCUUCUUAGCGUUCGAGAUCAUCGAAAUUGUCACAGCGAUGUCUUACCGCGUUGACUCGAGGACGGGCGAGCUAAAGAGCUUGUUCAUAGAAGCCCUUCGGCCAGUUCGUGAGACAGCAAAGUCAUCUCUCUCGGAGCUGCUUGAGGAGACAAAACGGAAAGCCGCGAGCAUCCCGGUUCUUCCUCCUGACGGCGGAGCAGUCCCUCUCGUGAACGAAGUUAUGAGCUCGCUCACUACAUUGACUGGUUAUUCCGGACCGUUAGCAUCCAUCUUGACUUCCCUAGGAGACGGCAACUGGCGCUCCACAGCCAAUGCAUCAGGGACCGCUCCUUUAGAUGUCAGUCCAGACAGCUCGGCCUUGUUAUCACACUUCAUUCUGGAUAUGAUUGAAGCUCUGAUGAGUUCUCUCGAGGCUCGAGGCCGAGCACUUCAUCGUUCGAAAGCCGUGCAGGGCGUCUUCCUGUCCAAUGUCUUCUGCAUUGUCGAUCGCGCUAUUCGACAAAGCCCUGAGCUGGCACGCCAUUUGGGCACACCAGACAGCAUCGCGCGUAUAGACACAUUCCGGAAACGGGCCACUUCAACCUAUCUUGAUGCGUGGAAAGAAACAUCGCAGUAUCUUCUGGACGUCCAGUAUACAUCGCGUGCCGGAGCCCGACCAGCUUCCGGUGGCAUUGUCGAUUCCAGCGCAAUAGUCAAGUCACUCUCAUCCAAGGACAAGGAUGCCAUCAAGGACAAGUUCAAGGCAUUCAACGCAAGCUUCGAUGAACUGGUGAACCGCCACAAGGCUCUGUACAUGGAACGGGAAGUGCGCGGAGUGUUGGCGCGUGAGGUACAGGCCGUUUUAGAACCGCUAUAUGCACGCUUCUGGGACCGCUACCACGAAAUUGAUAAAGGCAGGGGCAAGUACGUCAAAUAUGACAAAGGUAGUCUCUCUGCGCAGUUGGCUGCAUUGGCAUAGGAAAUCAGCACAGGGGUUGUGGUCUCCGACAUCGGCAUCAUCCUCCGCUAAAAGCUGGCCCUGAUACAGUUGGAAAGUAUGGUGCUUCGUGUCUGCAAAGUGCAGGAAUGGGGUUUUAUGAUCAGAUACCCAUGCAGCUUGCCUGAUAUACCUCGAUUAAUUAUAAUACUUCUAGUUGGACAUGUACAUAGCCGUUUUUGCUACUCCAUCAUGUGAUGAUCUCCGUGUUUGAUAGCCCCUCCUGAUAACGUGACUGAUAAGCACCCCCCACUAAAUUCUACAAAAUUUCC